AUGGGAUUAUUGAAACAUACACAAAGGACUGAUAGGUGUAGCAAACGAGGUUUGGCCUCGCCAGCCAGUAUUGAAAAUGUGGCAUAUGUUGAUAGUCUCAAGAAUGUAAAGUUAAAGACGGAGUCUUCCUCAGACGUUUUCAUUGGUACCACUUCGCUUUUAAGCCAUAAAAACAAACACUUUAUGAGAAAUUCACUGCAAGAUCCGUUUUCCGAAAAAAAUCAUAGAGUAAUUGAUGAAGUGCUUUCUUCAUAUAUAGUGUAUCCAUCGGGUACUCAAAACAUCACACAGGAGAAAAUUGAAUAUUUUGGUAUCUUCAACCUUCACUCAAAUCAACCAGAGAAUCCAAUAGCUGAUCGUUAUAAUUUCUCCGGUAGCAAAUCAAAUUCACCGGUUAAUAAGUCUACAUAUGUGAGCAAUCUGAGACAAAGAGAUAGCUCAGACCAACACGAUAAGAAGCAAAAGUCCUUUUUUUUCUCUUUAAUAUCAAAAGGAAUGCAUAGAAUAUUUAGAAAAAGCUCCGAGACUAAACAACGGAUGUGUAAACAACACAGGCCCGAGAUCCAAACACCAGUCAAUACUACUUUAAAAGACACCUCACCUUCAAAAAGAGAAAACUUUAAUUUAAUGUCAUCAGAAAUGGAGGGCGAAGGUCAAAGAAAUAGCGUCAAAACUAAGGAAACCAGUACCCAUUUCGAAUAUACAUUCGAUGACAGCGAGGUUCAGUCGUUAAUCUCUAGAACCGACUUUUCCUACAAACUAAGUGUCGCUGCAAAAUUUAAAAGCUUAUGUCCGGAUAAGGCAUACCGAGAGUGGGAAAAGGAUGGGAACAUACCCGAGGUUUGA